CAUUGCUUCUCCAGCCGCGGGAGAUGAUGGGCAACGAUGACAUGUGGCCCUUUCUUCUGGCCAUCAGCAGUGUUCCUGCCAUUCUUCACGUUGGGGCAUUGUUUUUCUUCCCGGAGUCGCCUCGAUACCUUUAUAUUGAUAAAGGUGACUUUGAAGGCGGUAGGAAAGCAUUGCAGUGGCUGUGGCAGGAGGAUGAUGUAAAGAUGGAAUUGGAAGACAUGCAGAAUGAGCGAGACAGCACCCAAGGGGAAAAGGCCAAAACCAUGAAGGACGUGUUGACUUCUCGCUGCGUCAGAUGGCAGCUGCUGACUUUGGCCUUUCCUUGUUCUAGCAUCCAGUUUUGUGGCAUCAAUGCGCUCUAUUUCUAUGCGUUGGACAUCUUCCGGGAGUCAGGCAUUCCAGAAGAACAGAGGCAAUACUUGACUAUUGGGAUUGGAGCAACGGAGCUCGUUGCUGUUGUGCUGUGUUGGCUUGUGCUGGCCAAAAAAACUUUUAAUAUCCCUCCUGUUCGAAAGGGGGAGGAGGAGGCGGCAUGUUGUUUUUCUGAUGGCGAGGUUGUGUGA